GGAUUAUGUGACAGUGUUCAGUGCUAUACGAGAUAAGUGAAUAAUUUCAUAAUGGAAUCUAAUGUUUAUACUGAUAUGGAUGAAGAGGCACAAAAUAAAAUUAAUGUACCAUCAAUUAAUCAGAAGGAUAAUGUGAUGGUUAAUGAACAGAAUGCUAUAACAACGGUGAUUAUAGAAGAAUUAGAUGAGAGUGCUCUCAGCAAUAUGAAUGUUGAUAUGACAGAGUUUGUUGAAGCAAAAGCUUUGGAGAUUAGAGAAAUAACAGGAGAUAUAAUACCAGAAUCUUAUUUUGAACAAAGUAACUCUGCCAUUGAUAUUACUGUGGAAACAGAUGAUCAAGACAUAUUAAUGACAGCAGAUGAAGAAGAUCGAUUAACAAAGCAAUUUUUAAAUGGAGAACUGACAUUUUCUGAGUAUUCUUCAAGAAUGGAUCAAGAUAUAGAUUUAGAAACUGUAGAAACUGAUCCUUUUAGAAAUGAAAAUGAGUUUGAAGAAAUAGGAACAAGUAAAACUGUUCUUAGAAGAGGACCAAGAGGACGUUACAGAAAGAAGAAAAGGACACUUCCUCCAGCUCUACAAGGUCUUAUGGGUGAAGCAAAUUUAAGAUUUGCCAGGGGGGAUACAGACUUAGCUGCCCAAAUAUGUAUGGAAAUAAUUAGACAAGUACCAAGUGCUCCAGAACCAUUUCAAACACUGGCAAUGAUAUAUGAAACGGAUCAACCGGAAAAAUCAUUACAGUUUGCAUUAAUAGCAGCACAUCUUAGUCCAAAAGAUUCUGAUCAAUGGGUGAGAUUGGCGAACAUGUCAUUGGAAGCUGGAGACAUUAAACAGGCUAUAACAUGUUAUAAUAAAGCGAUUCAAGCAAGUCCGAAAGAUAUAAGUUUAUAUGAAACACGAGCACAGCUGUUAGAAAAGCAUGGAGACAAAAAAGCUUACUUGAAAGGAUUUUCAAAAUUGGUUCAUCAGUUAGAACCCGAGGAUGCUGGAAAUGUAAUUAAGUAUGCAAAAAUGUUAGCUCAACGAUGCAUGGAAGAGAAUAACAAUGAACAAGCAUUAGAAGCAAUGGAAAAUAUUUUCUCAAAGUGUCCUAGCUUCAUUACUCUGGAAGAAGUUAAUAUUAUGACUGAGAUAUUAAUAGCAUUAAAAAAGUUCAAAAGAUGUCUAAACAUUCUGACUACAUACACAACUAUUUGGGUGAAAUUUAAAAAUGAUAACAAGAAUGUUGACGUAGUCACGAAAAAGUCUGGAAAUGAAAAGAAAGAUGAUGUAGAAGAUCGAGGUAUAGAUGAAAUAGAAGCUUGUGGAAUGCCAGAUGAUGUUGUUGUUGAUCUAAAAGCAAAGUUUCUGAUAACUCUUCUUGAAUUAGAUCAAAUGAAACUAGCAGAGAGUCUUCUGCCUAAAUUCUAUUUGCACGAAAACCCGGAAAUUUCUGGCGAUCUUUUCUUGGAUAUAGCAGAAACUUUAAUGGGGAAACAAGAAUUCGAACGUGCUCUUCUAUUAUUAGAUCCACUAGUGAAUAGUAAUAAUUACAGUUUAGCUGCAGUCUGGUUACGACAUGCGGAAUGUUGGGUCGGCUGCAAAGACUUAAAGAAAGCAAUAAAAUCUUACGAAGUUGUGACACAAUUGUCACCUCAGCAUUUAGGCGCGAGAAUAGCUUUGGCUAAACUUUAUCAAUUGUGGGGUCAGUAUAAUAAAGCGAUAGAUAUCCUGAAUCAAGAUCCUGAGUCUGAUACUUUAGAUCCUCAAGUGAUUUACCGAAGAACAUUGCUUCUUUACAAGGUGAAGAAGUACGAUGAAUAUUUUCAAUCUGGUAUGCUGCUGUUUUCUCGACAUUGCGUUCAUGUAAGAAGCAAAGUCGAACUAAGCGCAAUAUCCAGGCCAUAUGCAAUACAACGCCGUAUAGAUUCGUUGAAACUUUAUCGGCUGUCGCGUGGUGAAAAAUUCGAAGAAGAAAAUGCACCGGUGUUUCUCAGCACUACAGACCUCAGUGAAAAAAGUGAAUUUCUUUUAUUUCUACAGAUGUGUAAGUUAGCUUGUCGAUUAAAGAGAUAUGGAUUUUUACAAAGAAUAUGCAUGAGUGCAUUAACGUCAAAGAGAUUUGAAAAGAGAAACGCUCACGUUAUGUUUCUAUGCUCUUUAGCCUGCAUUUAUAAUAAUGAUUCUUACCAUGGAUACAAUAUUGUCCGACACUUGAUACGUAUUUGCCAGACACCGAAUUCGUGGAAUUUGUUGAAUAUUAUUGUUCAAAAAGCCCAGGACUCCAGGCAUAAUAGAUUUAUCAUGCGUCUACUUGGAAGGGAAGAUGUGUUCUCUUACGUACAUGUGAUGCAUGCGAACAAUUGUCUCGUUUCAGCAACGUAUAAAUAUGCCCUGAACGAUUACAUUUCUCUCUUUAAAGUUGCACCCAGCGCAUUGUUAGCGUUACUCAUUGGUAUAACUUUAUUUCAAAUGGCAUGCCAAAAAUCGUCCGCUAAAAAGAAUCAACUUAUAAUCCAAGGUAUCGCGUUUCUGAAAAAAUAUUGUCAAUUACGCGGCGAAGACGGUAAACAAGAAACAUAUUACAAUAUGGGACGUGCAUUUCAUCAGAUUGGUUUGUUACCAGCAGCUAUGCAUUUUUAUAAAUUAGUACUUAACGAGGACCCUGGGGAUUUAGUUAAGAAUAAUUCACACCUUUUGGACUUGAAGCAAGAAGCUGCUUUUAAUCUACAUCUUAUUUAUAUGCAAUCAGAAAAUUAUUUAUUAGCGAGAAUGUAUCUUGAAAACUACAUUACAGUUUAG